UAGACGGCUAUUAUAAAUUGGGAAAAUUGAUUUUCUUAAAAUUUUCCCCCUUUUCAUUUCUUCCUUCACACAGUUUCUCGGGCUGGAUAUCCAAAUUGUCAAGCACAACAUUCAAAACCAAGAAAAAUGGCCUCAGAUUACGCAGUGGAACUUGCUGUGGAACUCGAAACUGCUGCACAGUUGAGAGCUUCUCAGUUCAUUUUUCCUCAUAGGCCAUGGCUUGAUUUGUAUGGGAUUAAUGUUAGACCUGUCGCUCCUUUUGGAAGUGCUAGCAGCAAGCAGUUUGUUGACCCUGCAUUGAUACACCGAGUGCUACCUGAUGAACUGCUUUUUGAGAUCUUGUCAAAAACGACCCCAUACACCUUGGGUAAGGCAGCUUGUGUUUGUCGAAAGUGGAGGUAUACAAUUCGGAACCCUGUAUUUUGGCGCAAUGCAUGCCUAAAGGCUUGGCAGGUUUCUGGAUUGGUAGAAAACUAUAAGGUCCUUCAGUGGAAGUAUGAUGGUUCAUGGAGAAAAAUGUGGCUUUUAAGACCAAGAAUUCGUACGGAUGGUAUUUAUGUCAGUCGAAACACAUAUAUUCGUGCAGGAAUAGCUGAGUGGAAGAUCACUAAUCCAGUUCAUCUUGUGUGUUACUAUCGCUAUAUGAGAUUUUAUCCUUCUGGCAGGUUCCUUUAUAAGAAUUCAUCACAAAAAGUCAAAGAUGUCGCGAAGUACCUGAACUUCCGUGCCUCAAAAGCUGAUUGUGUUUUUAAGGGGAAUUACACUCUAUCAGAGGAUAAAGUUGAAGCUGCUCUUUUGUACCCGGGAAUGCGUCCAACUGUGUUGAGAUUCCGCUUAAGGUUGAGGGGUACAACCCAAGGUGCUAAUAACAGAAUGGAUCUACUUGCUCUUCUUACAAGUGGCGUGAAUGAUAAUGAGGUUAAUGGCCCGGAUGAAGACAUUCUUGGAGUUGUCGAGAGGUGGGAAGAGGAUGAAACACAUAACCCAGAUGUUCCAGCAAUUUCACACAAGAGGGGUCUAACACCUUUUGUUUUUGUUUCAUUUGAGGAGGUGGAAACUUCAGUUCUAAAUCUCCCAGUGGAAAAAAUGGAUUAUUAUGUUCCUGGUUAAGAACUGGAUCAAACAGACAAUCCAUUGGUUGUAAAUGUGUAACAUUGUUGUUUGUAACUCUUUUAUUUUUGGCAUCUUAGAAUCAUGGAAGUUUUCAAUGUGUUGUGAACAGGAAACGGUCUCUCUUCCUCCACGAGGUAGUGGUAAGGUCUGCGUUCAUCCUCCAUAUACCCUGCUUGUGGGACUUGUGAGAUUUCAAUGGAUAUGUUGUUGUCGUAAACAGGAUCCUAUCGAGCAAUGAAAGACCAGUAUAGUACUGGUCUUCUGUGUGUGUAUUGUAUGGCAGUUUGAAUAUGUUCCAAGUUGGAAUCUGUUUGAUGAUAAAUGGAGUUUAAUAAUCAUUGUAUUAUUUAUGCCUUA